AUGCGUGGAUAUCAAAAGUAUCUGUCAGGGUCGGUCCUUUUGGCCACCCUGGGAGGAGUUCAGGCAAAGCUGGACCUGACUUCUGCCAAGAACAUUGCCAUUUACUGGGGUCAGAAUUCAUUGCAGGGAAAUGGUGGCCAGGUCCAACAGCCACUGGCGCACUACUGCGAGAACGAUGACAUCGAUGUCAUCCCGUUGGCGUUCGACAUGAUGAUCAAUGGGCCCGGGGGUGUUCCCCAAGUCGACUUCUCGGUCACCAGCAAUGACUGCGACGUCUUCCCUGGAACCCAGUUGAAGAACUGUCCCAAGAUUGGUGACGAUAUUGCAACAUGCCAGCAAAAGGGCAAGACAAUUCUACUCUCUAUUGGCGGUGCGACGUACAGCGAGGGUGGUUUCAAAUCCGACGACGACGCAAAGGCUGGUGCAAAGCUGAUGUGGGAGACCUUUGGCCCAGUCCAAGCAUCAUCAAAAGCUCUUCGACCUUUCGGAAACGUUAGUAUUGAUGGCUUUGAUUUUGACUUUGAGGCCACCGUGCUGCACAUGGCAACGUUCGCCAAUGAGCUCCGCAGCUUGAUGGAUCAGGACACCAGCCAACAGUAUUUCUUGACUGCGGCUCCUCAAUGCCCCUAUCCCGACCAGGCAGACAAGGAUAUCCUCAAUGGCCCGGUUUCUAUCGAUGCGGUCUUUGUUCAAUUCUACAACAACUACUGCGGCGUGAAUAACUUCGCCACCGAUGAGACGAGCUCAAACUACAACUUUGAAGAAUGGGAUACCUGGGCCAAGAACGUCUCUCAGAACAAGAACGUCAAAGUCCUGAUCGGUGUCCCGGCCGAUACUACCGCAGCCAGCACCGGAUACAUCCCUGCGUCGAAACUGGCGGAGGUGAUCGAGUAUACGAAAAAGUUCGACAGCUUCGGCGGCGUGAUGAUGUGGGAUACCACGCAGGCAUACGCGAAUGAUGGAUUUAUUGGAAGUGUGCGCAAGGCGCUUGGUGGGCCUGAUUCCGGUUCGUCGUCGCCGUCCAACAACGCGGCGUCGACCGCGGUGUCUGCACCUUCGUCCACUAACACCCCGGAGACCUCGCCAUCUUCCAAUGCACCCGACUCCUCGUCCUCCUCUUCCUCAUCCUCUGGAUCUGCCUCAUCGUCCAAUGGUCAUGAGCCCUCGGUCACGACUACUCCCGUCCCAGAACCGACUGCUGGACCCAAACCGCCCGCGUCCACCUCGACUACGAAGGCACCUGCCCAGUCCUCGGCGGCACCCGAUGAUUUCGAUAACGACGACUUUGACUUUGACGACGAGACCGAGUCUCCGAAUAACACUGGCAAUGCUGGAAAUGGAGGUGCAACCAAUGCUGUCAAUAACGACACUCCCAAGGAGGACUCCACUAGCAAGGGUCCUCUUGGCGUCAUCAGCCAGGAUCUCUUUGGUCUGCUGCAUGGUUUGCAGGACGCCAACACUAUCACUGGCGGUCUGACUCACGGCCUCACGAAGAAUCUUCGUCGUGCCCGUCGCGUCGGAUAUUAG